ACUAGAGAUACCGUACAGCCAUUAAAAUACGAGAAAAAACCAAAUACAGGUUACAUUAAUCUACGUAUUUGAAUAAGUUGAUAAAAUAAGUUAAUCAGUAGGUAGACAACUACGUGGUCUUUGUUUUACGUUAAAAUGUUUAAAAACAGAACUAUUUCCUAUCUAUAUUUAGUAGCGCUUUAGAGCCUGCCUUUACCUAGUGCUUUAGUGCUUAAAUAAUAUUAGAACGUGUGCUAAAACUACACAAAAUUACUAAAUAAUAUUGGUCGUUGAUUUCUGUGAGGCACGUUAACUUUGAAAGGUAGACCCGCCGUUUAUGCAUAAAUAGAGUUCUGCGGUUUAAUCUUUGGCCUUCUGCCCUUCCAAGUCGAUCGUGGUUGCGUUACCUAUAUAACUUGCAAGUAACAAACUUUGCAGUUUGUAACCGUUCACACAUUAGCCGCGCCGCGCGCUCGUUUGAACUAAAUCAAAGCACCAAUCAUCAUGUUCGCAUCAGUCGUGAUCCUGGCGGUGGCCCUGGUGGGGGGCUCGCACGGCUACUCCUCCGGCGCCCCCACGAGCGUCUGCGGCGACAUGGUACCGAAGCACCCCGUGCCCGCCCAGUCCAGCCCGCCGCCCUACACCAUCACCACCAGCACAAAGGUGGUGAAAGCCGGUACUCCCAUGGAGGUUGUGAUCAGUGGCAAGACCCCUAAGGACACCAUCCGUGGUCUGCUCCUCCAAGCCCGCCAGGGAGACAAGCCCGUGGGUACCUUCACAGUGGCGCCCAACGACCCCUUCGCACAGCUCCUCAACUGCGGACAACCUGGCAACGCUGUGACCCACAAGAAACACGAUGAGAAGUUCGACAAGCAAACGGUUGCCUUCACAUGGACUCCCCCUGCUGGAUUCAACGACGAAAUCAAAUUCAGAGCAACCAUUGCCCUGAACGGAGCCGUAUUCUGGGUCGGUGUCGAAUCAGGCCCCGUCAAAGUGACCAACUAAAUUAUUUUAUAAGAACCAAAAGUAUUAUUAAUCCUAACCUUAAAUAAUUAUUAUUACAAUUAAUAAUUUAUGACCCCACAACCCGCUAUGUAUUUUUCUUGUCUGUGAAAGUAUUAGUAAUUUUACAACAAAAUAAAUAAUAGAAUUUUAAA